UCCUGCUCUUUCCCAUCUUUUUCCUCUCUUUCUCUCUCUACACCUAAAACAUUCAUUUGAAGAAAUUAAUCUGACGAUAUCAUCUAUGAAUUGGGUAGAUUCCAGGAUCUUCCGUCUUUUCAACCUUUGUAAUCUUCAUCUUCAUCUAAGCACAUAUAGGUCUAUUUGGUGCUUUUUAAACUUCCAGUGAAUUUCUAUGAAUCAAUUCUAAAGAUUAAAGGAAUUACAAAGAUUGCUGUAAUUUGGCCUUGAGCAAAUGUUUGAUGGUCAAAGGGAGAAGUUUGUGAGGUUGGAUGAUUUGGAUUCAAGAUUAUCUUCGCCGUCUACUGUCGGAAUGAACAAAUGUGCAUUUGGAAUCGACGGUUUAGCUCGUGUUGCUCGCGCUGCUAAUAUCCCAUCGAAGUCUUCUAUGAUUGAUACCAAGAAGGCCAAAGGAUCUGAAGGGGUUAAGUCGAUUGGAAGGUCACUUAGAUUUUAUAGGGCAGUCUUCCCUGAAGACCUUGAAGUGUCUGAGAAGAAGAUAUUUGAUCCUCAAGACAAAUUCCUCCAGCUUUGGAAUAGGUUCUUUGUUGUAUCAUGUAUUUUAGCGUUUUUUGUGGAUCCUUUUUUCUUUUAUCUUCCAGUGUUCAAUGGAUCGUCCAAUUGUUUGGGGAUUGAUAGAAAAUUGGCUGUGAUAGCUACAACUCUUCGAACAAUUGUAGAUGCUUUCUACCUUUUUCGCAUGGCUCUCCAAUUCAGGACAGCUUACAUUGCUCCAUCAUCUAGAGUGUUUGGAAGAGGUGAGCUCGUGAUAGAUCCAGCACAAAUUGCUAAGCGAUAUCUCCGGACCUAUUUUAUCAUCGAUUUUCUUGCUAUACUUCCUCUGCCACAGAUUGUAGUGUGGAAAUUCCUCAAGGGCUCAAAAGGUUCUGAUGUGCUGGCUACAAAACAAGCUCUUCUUUUCAUUGUGUUGUUUCAAUAUGUACCUCGAUUUCUCCGUAUUAUACCUUUAACCACGGAAAUGAAAAGAACUGCUGGUGUCUUUGCUGAAACUGCAUGGGCUGGUGCUGUAUCCUAUUUGAUGCUAUACAUGCUUGCUAGUCAUAUUGUUGGAGCUUUCUGGUACUUACUCUCUGUGGAACGUAAUGAUACAUGUUUGUAUAAAGCUUGCAAAAAAAAUGAAGCAUGUAAUACACAUUUUCUCUAUUGUGGAAAUCAGUUCCUGGAAGGUUAUGAUGCAUGGAAGAACAUUAGUUCUUCGGUUCUUGGUUCAGAAUGUUCUGGUGAUAAACCUCCAUUUGAUUUUGGGAUCUUCCAACAAGCUUUGCAAAGUGGCAUUGUUUCUUCGAGGAAUUUCACAUCUAAAUACUUUUACUGCCUAUGGUGGGGACUUCAGAACCUGAGUACACUUGGCCAGGGACUUCAAACCAGCACCUAUCCUGGAGAAUCAAUAUUCUCAAUAGCAUUAGCUAUAUUGGGUCUCAUCUUGUUUGCUCUUUUAAUCGGAAAUAUGCAGACAUAUCUUCAAUCUCUUACAAUCCGACUUGAGGAGAUGAGAGUGAAGAGGCGAGAUUCAGAGCAGUGGAUGCAUCAUCGUAUGCUUCCACAAGAUCUAAGAGAACGUGUAAGACGUUAUGACCAGUACAAGUGGUUGGAAACACGUGGAGUAGACGAGGAAAGCCUAGUUCAGACUUUACCAAAGGAUCUCAGAAGGGACAUCAAACGGCAUCUAUGUCUUGCCUUAGUGAAAAGGGUCCCUCUGUUUGAGGAUAUGGACGAGAGGCUACUCGAUGCCAUUUGCGAGCGGUUGAAGCCAUGUUUAUAUACAGAAAAUACCUAUUUAGUCCGUGAAGGAGAUCCAGUCGAUGAAAUGCUCUUCAUCAUACGCGGUCGUCUCGAGAGCGUAACCACAGAUGGUGGCAGAAGCGGUUUCUUCAACCGCAGCUUUCUUAAAGAAGGAGAUUUCUGUGGUGACGAGCUUCUAACAUGGGCACUUGAUCCCAAAUCCGGUUCCAACCUCCCAUCUUCAACUCGAACAGUGAAAGCUUUAAAAGAGGUGGAAGCCUUUGCACUAGUAGCUGAAGAGCUCAAAUUUGUGGCUAGUCAGUUCAGGCGGCUUCACAGUAGACAGGUUCAGCACACUUUCCGGUUUUACUCUCAGCAAUGGCGAACAUGGGCUGCUUGCUUUAUACAAGCUGCAUGGAGGAGGUACUGUAAGAGGAAGAUUAUGGAAAUUCGUCGUAAAGAAGAGGAAGAAGCUGCCGCUGCUGCUAGCCGUAGUAAUUCAGGGUCCUAUAGUCUUGGAGCGACAUUCUUGGCUUCUAGGUUUGCGGCUAAUGCCCUCCGCGGUGUUCACCGGAAUAGGAAUUUGAAGAUCUCAAUGUCACUUGUGAAAUUGCAGAAGCCUCCCGAGCCAGAUUUCACUGCGGAUGAUGCUCAUUGAUUCCAUAAUUUUUUUUCUUUGUAAUCCUAGGACUUGCCUUAAGGAAGGACGAAAAAAGGAAGGGUGAACCAUAGAGAAGCAAACAGAAGGCCAAACCAGAACUGGCUGGCACUUAAAGAUCUUGCUGUAUUCAUAAGGCUAAUAAAGUAUGUAUCAUUUUACUUAUAACAUUCCCUCAAGAUACAAUUUUUAUGAAUAUAUUUGUCAA